AUGUCAGCGGGUAUUCGAUCUUCUAUGCGUUACGAUGUCGAAGCAACCGCCUCGGACUCUACCGACUCCGCUUUCGUGGCAUCUAGAAUAGUCAUUCAAGCGAAAGACGGCUUUCUCUGGCGACUGCAGAAUCUCGAAGCGAAGCUCGACCAGAAGUUCGGAAUUGAGUCAAAUGCUAUUGAUCGCAAACGGCCGGAGGAUAAACUGCCCGUCAAAUGGCAUGAGAAAUUGAACAUGUUUUUCUUGUGGGCGAGUGGCACAAUGAAUGCGAGCUGCUUCGCAUCGGGAUUUCUGGGCUGGGAGCUGGGUUUAACUUUGCAGCAAGCAAUAUUUGUCAUCUUCUUUUCAUCAGUACUAGGAUCUGCUGUCACAGGAUUUUCGGCUAUAUUUGGCGCCGCCACAGGUUUGCGUCAAAUUAGUGUGAGUCGCUAUAGUUUUGGGUGGUGGCCGAACAAAGUCAUUGCUGCACUAAAUGCUCUAGUCCAGAUUGGCUGGUCUGCUGUGGCCUGCAUUACAUGUGGUGGCAUUUUGACCGCAGUCGCUGACGGUCAUGUCAGUCUUGUUGUGGGAAUCAUUGUCCUUGCGGUGGUUGCAUUAUUCAUUAGCUUCGUUGGGCUCAAGGCCGUGCUUGUCUAUGAACGCUAUGCUUGGCUCAUCUUCUUGAUUAUCUUCGCAGUGAUAUUCGCCCAGUCCGGGGAAUAUGCAGAUAAUAAUGGUCCUUCUCUCGGAUCUGGAGAGUUAUCUGGUGCGGUUCUCAACUUGAUCGCAAUUGUCUACGGCUCCAGCUGCUCAUGGUGCCCCAUUGCUUCCGACUAUUAUGUGCAUUAUCCUGCCAAUAUUAAUCGUGUGGGAGUCUUUUUGGCAACGACAUUCGGAAUCGCUAUCCCGACUUCCAUUGCCAUGGCAUCCGGUGCAGUUGCAGCGGCUGCCUUGAACAGCAGAGAAGACUGGCGAGCCACCUAUGAAAAUGAUGGGGUGGGCUAUCUCAUCCAAGCGAUUCUUCACCCACGUGGGUUGUCUAAAUUAUUUUUGACAUUACUUGUUUUGUCGGGAAUCAACACCAAUAUCAUCAGCCUUUACAGCUCCGCUAUCUCUUUCCAACAGCUAGCUCGCCCAUUCGCCAAGAUACCUCGCCUUAUCUGGACGGUCUUCUGUUUUGUGAUUGUCCUUGCGCUUGCACUCGGUGGUCGACAACAGCUAAAUGCAUACCUACAAAAUUUCCUUGGCAUACUCGGGUAUUGGUGCACGAGUUAUUUCGCCAUAGUCUUAAUGGAGCACUUUGUGUUCCGCGGUGGCGACUUUUCCAAUUAUGACCUCGAAGCGUGGAAUGAUUCGAACGCAUUGCCAGUUGGAAUAGCCGCCUCUGCAGCUUUCCUAAUAGGGAUUGUUGCAUGGUGCAUGGGCAUGGUUCAGACAUGGUAUAUGGGUCCGUUAGGGAAAUUGAUUGGGACGAAUGGGGGGGAUGUGGCGAAUGAGCUUACUUUCCUGGUUACUGUCGUGGUAUUUAUCCCGGCACGGUGGUUGGAAAAGAAAGCUAUAGGAAGGUGA